AUUUCUCAUGUCCUCAUUUUGUACGCUACAGUUUCAUGACUUACUGUUCAAUUCAAACUAUGGGAAGGUGGAUUCUCAUUCUGGGAUUUAUUCCAGGUGUAUGGAGUGGAAACUGGGGGGUGACCUACGAAAACCAGUGCGCUUUAAUAGGGACGACAGUGGAUUUAAAGUGCGAGUACGACUAUAGUUUAGGGAGUAUUGUUACCUGGGUCGGCUGGUCUAAAGGCCAACGAGUUUCUAAUAAGUUGAGUCUGGUUCCCCUCUCAGCGCUCCCUUCACCACCGAACCAUUUUACUUAUUUGGGCAACUACCGUGGCAACUGCAACCUGAGGAUCAAUAACGUUCAGCCCUCAGACCAAGGAGCAUAUUAUUUCAGUUUUUCAACAACCCUUGGGAGCUGGAGAGAGGUCAGCAGCUACGCUGCUUUGUAUGUGAAAGAGUUGACUUCAGUGGUGCAGCCGAGCACCGCCAGAGAGGGAGACACAGUCAGGCUGAUCUGCAGGUCAGGCUGUCCUGAUCCUACAGAGGUCGCCUGGUUCAAAGACGGACAACGUGUUUGGAGCACAGUGUUCCAGGCCAGAAGAGAGGAUGCUGGGAGUUACCUCUGUGUCACGCUGGGAAAGGAGAGGGUUUGGUCCGCCUCUGUUGCUCUGAUCGUUCACUAUGCUCCCACAGAUGUAACGCUGUCAGCGAACCCAUCUGGAGACAUCGACAGAGGAAGCACGGUGACUCUGACCUGCAGCAGCAAGGCCAACCCUCCUGUGGCACAAGGCGGAUAUCGUCUCUACAAGGACGGGGAGUAUGUGAGUUCGGGUCAGACCCGUGUCAUCUCAGAGGUCCAGCCCAGACACACGGGACGGUACCACUGCCAGGCGUGGAACAGCCUGAGCUGGAGAGGCAGCGACCUGAUAAACUCAUCAGAGAUACACCUCAACGUCCAGUAUCACCCUGAGAAUGUUUCAGUCUCAGUGAAUGCUGAGCCUAUCGUUGAGGGCAGCAGCGUCAACCUAACCUGCAGCAGCGAUGCCAAUCCUGCGGCCGACAGCUACACCUGGUACAAAAGGACAGAAACGAGCAGCUCCAACUCCCUGCUCCACGUGGGCUCAGGACAGGUGCUGUCCAUUCCCUCCAUGGAGCCGUCCCACAGCGGUCUCUACGUCUGCCAUGUAAGGAACAGUCGGGGAGAGGGCAACUCAACCGAGGUGGUCCUGGCCAUGGCAGCAGAGCAGCGUGGAAGCCAGCUCCUUCCCAUCUUAGCUGGGGUUGGACUAUUUCUCGUUGCACUGUUAGUCGCAGCGUUGCUCUUGUUCAGGUGAGUCAUCAGGAG